AAAACAAUGCGGACACCGGAAACUGAAAGAACUAUGAAUGUCAAACUGUAGCAUGGUGUGCUGUGUUUUUAGGUAACCUCAGAGUAAAAAUGUUUGGAUAUAGUUUACUUCGGAUUACGGCGUUAACAAAAUGCAUCACAAGCAGUGGUACAACGUUGCUGUGCAGAACGAACCCGUUAAACAGAAUGCAGACGUGUGGAUACGCCAAGAAAGUUGCCACCAAAGGAAAAGGUAAAGGUAUGAUGAAGGAGGAGCUGAAAGGUCCAGAGGUGUGUAAAGACCCAGUCAGACUGACGUCUUACGCAGUCGGAGUGAACAUCCUCAAACAGGGGGAAGACCCCAAACUGAAGCCUCAUGAGGAUUAUCCAGAGUGGUUGUUCCAGUUGAACCUGGGAAUGCCCAAAAAGCUGCACGAGCUGGAGUCGGACACUUGGGAGUACUGGAAACGUCUGAGGAAGGAGAACAUUUGGCGUUCCAACAGACUGCGUAAAGGAAAGAAGUUAUAGGCCUUCACUGGACCGACACAGGGCUUCUUUGUGGACAGCGUCACGAUUUACAGUCUGGACUGAAUCACCCCAAGGAUGUUGUGAUGCACAUUCAAGACCGAUAUCUUCCUCAGUAACAGACUUUUAGAUCCACUCUUUCUCACUUGUCAUUCAUCCAGUGGAUUAUCUGAAAUUAUCUGGCAAAGGCUUUAGACUUUUCUGCUUGGUGUAUAACUUCAGGAGGUCAGCAUUUGUUGUAUGUAUACAAAGGAUCACAUGGUCCUUUAUAUUAAACAUGAAGCGUGGAUGGAAGACAAAGCUGCAGAGUCCAAAGCACUGCCAGAGGGAGCCCUUAAAAAUGCAUUAUGACUUCAUUCUCAGCCUUGGAAACCUUAGUUGACAAAAUCAUCUCCCUGCAAAGUCCAUUUCGUAGCUUUUCUGGAGCUUCCAAAUGUAUAACAGAGUCAAAUUUAGUAAAUCAGGUUCAUCUGCUUGUCAAGAAAUUGUGUUAAAAAUUUGAAAGAUUGCAUGUUUUAACAAAAAGCUCCAGAGCUGCUACUUUGUGGUAAAAGAAAGCAGAAAAAUGCCAUGUUUGCUGUAAUGUGGUGGAUUAAAGGAACUGAACAUGUAUAAGGUUGUUUUUUGUUAUAAAUCAUGUGAAUGUUUGUUACUUUGCAGAUUUAUUACAAAUAAAUCUGAAUCUAAAAAGA